GUACAUGUGUACGUACACUCAUCGUCGGUGUUGUUGUGUUUGAGUUGAUUCUGUUCCUGAUCUGAUUUUCUAUCUGCGAAAUCCUCCACGUAAUACGCCGCAAUCAUGACGGUGGGCAAGAGUUCCAAGAUGUUGCAACACAUCAACUUUCGGAUGAGGAUAGCCAUUCAAGAUGGCCGGAUAUUUAUUGGGACUUUUCUUGCAUUUGAUAAACACAUGAAUCUCAUACUUGGAGAUUGUGAAGAAUUCAGAAAAAUUAAACCAAAAAACACAAAGCAACCGGAAAGAGAGGAGAAAAGAGUUUUAGGACUUGUUUUAUUGAGAGGGGAACAUUUAGUAUCUAUGACAGUUGAAGGACCUCCCCCUGCGGUGGAAGGUUUACCCAGAGUACCAAUCCCUGGUGCUGCUCCUGGUCCUGGCAUGGGUCGUGCAGCAGGGAGAGGUGUACCAGCACCAUCAUCACAUGCGCCAGCGGGACUGUCUGGUCCAGUCAGGGGAAUAGGUGGCCCAUCACAACAGAUUAUGACACCACAAGGCAGGGGUGCAGCAUAUCUGCUCCCCCACAACAGUAUGCACCACCAAGGCCAGGUGGACCACCUGGAAUGAGAGGCCAAGUGCCGCCAGGAAUGCCAGGCAGAGGAGGCAUGCCUCCAAUGAUGGGUCCACCACCAGGAAUGAGGGGAAUGGGAGGACCAUUAAUGAGAGGUCCACCGAUGGGAGGUAGACCACCCCCGGGAUUGAUGAGAGGAGGUCCUCCACCCGGAAUGAGACCACCACCCAGACAGUAGUAGACUGCCAUGCAUCAAAGAUGGAUGACUUUGUAAAUAAAACUCGCAGAACAAGGACCUGACAAAAAAAUUACAAGAGAUCAUAGGCCUUCAUGGUGUAUGAAUAAAGCCCAUUCCCACAUGUCAAGUCAUGUACUGCAUAUAUCGAUAUGGCCACUUUGGCACAUGUAAUAUGCAGUUAUGUAUGUGUUAACAGAAGUACUCAAUUCACAAGUCUUUUAUUUAAGAGAAUCUAUGGAGACUGAACAGGGUUUGGUUUUAGGCAAGUUUCCACAGGUUUGGACAGUUUUUAAUUUAGUAAAGAGAAUGCAUUUGUAGAUUGGGGACCCUACCAGAGAUAAAUUGUAACUUGCAUUAUUUCUCUGCAUAAAGUUCCAGCUGAGCCUUGUAUGAAAUUAGUGUUCAACUUGUAUUUUUUGUGUCGUCCUUGCAUAACUGACAUAUCGGUAAUUGUUAUGUGUAUCGGGUGAUAAGACUGAACAGAACAGAUAAAACAUGAUAUUAGUCAUGGUUGAAGCGAUUAGUUUUUUUUGGGGGGGGGGGUAUAAAUAUCUUACUUUUUAUUUCUACACAAUUAAAGGUUUUACAAAAAA